AUGGAAGCAGUUGCAGUGGUGGAGAACAAGCAAGUGAUACUGAGCAAGUACAUAGAGGGCAUUCCCACAGAAGCAGACAUGGAAUUGAAGGUCGGGGAGACAAUUGAGCUUAGGGCACCAAAAGGGUCUUCUUCUUUCCUCGUCAAGAAUCUCUACUUGUCCUGCGAUCCAUACAUGAGGGGUCGUAUGCGCGAUUUUCACUCUUCCUAUCUCCCGCCUUUUGUUCCUGGUCAACGUAUCGAAGGGUUCGGGUUAGCAAGGGUGAUAGAUUCGGAUGACGGUGAUUAUCAUCCCGGCGACUUAAUCUGUGGGAUUACUGGUUGGGAAGAGUACAGUUUGCUUCGUAGCUCAAAUGACCUGCAGUUGAGAAAGAUUCAGUUAGACGAUGACAUUCCACUUUCUUAUCACCUUGGACUUCUUGGGAUGGCUGGAUUUACAGCAUAUGCAGGGUUUUAUGAGGUCUGCUCACCGAAGAAAGGGGAGAGUGUUUUUGUCUCUGCGGCCUCAGGGGCAGUUGGACAACUUGUUGGUCAGCUAGCUAAAUUGCACGGCUGCUAUGUUGUUGGGAGCGCCGGUAGUAACCAAAAGGUUGAUCUCCUUAAAAACCAACUUGGGUUUGAUGAAGCCUUUAACUACAAGGAAGAGGCUGAUCUUGAUGCUGCUUUGAGGAGGUAUUUCCCCGAGGGGAUCAAUAUCUACUUUGACAAUGUGGGUGGAUCCAUGCUUGAUGCAGCCCUUCUUAACAUGAAGGUCCGUGGAAGAAUCGCGCUCUGCGGAAUGGUGUCUUUGCAAAGCCUCUCUAGCUCAUCGCAAGGAAUCAACAACCUGUACAACGCAAUCCCCAAACGUGUAAGAUUAGAAGGAUUCUUGCAGAGCGAUUACCUCCAUAUUUUCCCACAGUUUCUCGAACAUAUCAAAGGAUAUUACAAGGAAGGGAAGAUUGUGUACAUUGAAGAUAUGUCUGAAGGCCUCGAGCUCGUUCCUUCGGCACUUGUUGGACUAUUUUCCGGGACAAAUAUUGGUAAACAGGUCGUUCGGAUUGCUAAGGAAUGA